AGCCUGAAAAAGAAAAUUCUAAUAGUAAAAGCCAUUGUGCUGCAGGCUUCGAUCAGAACAAAUGAAAAAUCUUUAAAGGAAUUGGAAAAUAUACUUGGAAUCCAGCAACUUCGCAGAUAGAAUAUUCCUCGAAUUAUUGCCAGAUAAUCUACUGCAGUUUCUGGUAGCUGGAGUUAAAGGCGGGAAGAUAUAGCGAUAAGAAAUUAGACUUAGAUAACUCAAUAAUCCCAAAAACAACCGAAUCACUCCACAAACGAAUAGCCUCAUAUUCUUAAGCUCAAGGAUAUAAUAUUCAGGCAAUUCUUAUAGCCUUUUCCGGUGCGUAGGUGUCUCGACGGUAAAGUGGAAAUUGGACAGAUAAAAAGGCAAAAGACAAGGGGAAGACAACGAUAAAACGAAACGAAAAAUGGCGCAUUCGACAGCAACUAUAGUCACAGCAACAACGUCCGCUGCUGCUUCGUCGACAAGUGAAAUCAACUGUAUAAUCCAGGAUGCAAAUGGCAAACUCGUUAAGAUUUUGAGACCAAAGGAUAUCAAACAAGAGACAAUUGGUAGUGGCGAUUCAACAACCAUAAGAGCUGUGCAUUUGAACAGCGCAAGUGGUAGUUCACUUAAUUCUAGUGCAGGCUCAUAUACACAGUUGGCUACGUCGAGUCAACAACAAUAUUUGAGCCGUUACAAUAUACAAGGUGGAGAUAGUAACACAUACACCGUUAUAUCAACACAAAAUAGUGUCGGCAAUCAGCAACCGGCAUUUACAACUAUAAAAUACGAAACUCCAGAAACGGUCACCGUGAAAACGGAAGAGCGCUACACAAAAUACACACCAAAUAACAAUACAAAAAUGAAAUCAAAACUCCACACUACCAAUAGCCCCCAUACGAACUCAGCACGAAGGCAACGUAAACCCGAAAAGGCUGGUAAAGGUUUGCGACAUUUCGCUUUAAAAGUAUGUGAAAAAGUGAAGGAAAAGGGCGUCACUACUUACAAUGAAGUCGCCGAUGAAUUGGUCGCUGAAGAAUUGCACAUCAAUGCCGUAGAUUCAGCGAAUUGUGAUCAAAAGAAUAUACGUCGGCGUGUUUAUGAUGCGCUCAACGUACUUAUGGCCAUGGAAAUAAUAUCGAAAGACAAAAAGGAAAUACGUUGGAUUGGAUUGCCAUCAAAUUCGGCUGAGCAAUGCUCUGAGCUGGAAAAACAAAAUGAAGAGUGUCGUCAACGCAUACAGCAGAAACAUCAACAAUUGAAUGAACUUUUGCUACAUCAAGUUGCCUUUAAGAGUCUGAUCGAACGCAACAAAGAAGCGGAACGACAAGGCAAUGUGCCAACGCCCAAUUCUUCAAUACAGCUACCCUUUAUCAUAGUUAAUACGCACAAAUCGACAAAAAUUAAUUGCAGUGUUACGAAUGACAAAUCGGAAUAUAUUUUUAAAUUCGAUGAUCAGUUCGAAAUGCACGAUGAUGCCGAAGUACUGAAACGUAUGGGCUUACUUGGUGGUUUAGAUAAAGGCCAAUGCUCACACGAAGAGAUUGAACGUGCAAAGAACUUGGUCCCACCGAAUUUCGAGAAAUAUAUUGAAGCCUAUGGCAAUGGCAAAGGACUGGCAUGCAAUUCCGAUGAUGAUACCAUGAGCGGCUUCGCUGAACUAACUAAUGAUUCCUCAAUGCAUGGGUAUCCGCGUGCUGGUGGUCGUCGCGGUGGUGGCGGUGCUAAGGCUGGUGGCCUGCGCGACGGCGAUGAUGAUGAUGAAGAUUUUUUGGAAAAUAGCGAUAUUGAUUGAGGCGAAUUCAUGGUUGCGUACAAUAACAGCAACAAUACAUACAACUACAAAGAAAGCAGCUGCACCAGCAACAAUAACAAUAAUCAUUAUAUAUGCAACAAAGCAACAACAACAAGCGAAGGUCUUUCUAUCGGUGGUAGCAAGCUACAACAGCAGCGUUAUUUAAGUGCUGCCGCUUAUGGAAUUUGUAGUGCCAAUGACUUGGAUUGCGGUGUAAUUUCCGAAACUGAUCAGCAAGCAUUGCAACAAUCGCAAUUACGUUUGGCUGCUGCAUCCAAUGCAGGGAGCAUAAACGUCGCCGAUAUUAGUAGCCAUUUAACAGAAGAUUCUUUUAGUUUUUCA